AGAGUUAGGCGUCAAGCGAAUUUGGCCAACGACACAAAGAGCGCUACAGUCACAGCGGAUACUCUCAGUAAAAUCAACAAACUGCUGACAGAGGCGGGAGUGCAGCUCCGUCAAUCAAAGGGUGACUCUUGUCAGUCAGGUCCCCCAGGUCCCCCCGGCCCAUCAGGACCGAGGGGAGAGAAAGGAACCCGAGGAAGAAGAGGAAAGAAAGGAGAUAGAGGUAUUAUGGGAUUACCAGGAAAAAGCGGCAAGCAAGGCAAAAUGGGAACUGUAGGGCCAAAAGGCCAAGCUGGACAAAAAGGACAUAAGGGAGGCACGGGGUUCACCGGCGUGCCAGGAGCCAAAGGAGAUAGAGGCAUUAUAGGACCACCAGGAAACAGCAUCAAAGGACCUGUAGGACCAAAAGGCGAUGUUGGACCGAAAGGACAAAAAGGAGACACAGGGUUCACCGGCGUGCCGGGAGCCAAAGGAGAUAGAGGCAUUAUAGGACCACCAGGAAACAGCAUCAAAGGAUCUGUGGGACCAAAAGGCGAUGUUGGACAAAAAGGACAAAAGGGAGGCACAGGGUUCACCGGCGUGCCAGGAACCAAAGGAGAUAGAGGCGAUAUAGGACCACCAGGAAAGAGCAUCAUGGGACCUGUAGGACCAAUAGGUAAUGCUGGACCCAGAGGGCAAAAAGGAGACACAGGACCCACCGGCGUGUCAGGAGCCAAAGGAGAUAGAGGUGUUAUAGGACCACCGGGAAAGAGCGGCACAAAAGGCAUCAGGGGACUUAUAGGGCCAAAAGGCGGUAUUGGAGUCAAAGGGCAAAAAGGAGAGAAAGGGUCUGCUGGCACGCCUGGAGCUAAAGGAAACUCUGGUCAAACUACCACCGUUGUUGUACCUUGGGGUAAGUGAUAAUCUAAUUCUGUGCUAAUUUGCUCUACCAUUAGUAUAUGUCCAAUUUGGAAAUAUAUAAUUGGAUGAAAAAAAUACCGAGGACAGCCAAAAUUGGCGGCAGAGGAAUUUUUUGGAUUCAGGUAUUUCAAAAUUGGACAAGCAUGUAGUCCUUUUACUAAUUAAACGAAGUAUUGUACACUCGAACGGUUUGAAGUUGAAACAAAAUCACAUUGCAAGAUCUAAAAAAGUGUCAACUUAUUCUUUACAAGUAAACAAACGCAGAACUAGAAUUGCUCUUUCAUAGGUUGGUAUUUUGUAGUCAAGUAUAAAUUUCAAAAAGCUCCUUCAAUGAUACGGUGUUACAUGUGAAAACCGCAAUUCAUUCUUCGCGAACAAAGGAGACAAAGCAACAAUACAAAUGCUCAAUUUAAACACGAAAGCUAUUGAAAGUUAGCAUUUCAUUCAUUACCUCCAACGAUUUCCGCAGACUUUGUCCUUUUGUUGUGUAAUGCCUACAUCUAAUCACAACUAUCGGUGUUUUCUUAUUGUUGUCCAAAGUUUCAGUGCUUGUACAUUUUCAAGAAUCGUUGAUUGUUUCCAUGAAGGCAAACUUUUGUCAGUUUAAUUUGGUCUUACAUUUUCCUUUUAAAUGGCCCAGAAAAGAAGCAAAAACAAAACAGCAGCAAAACAAAACAACAUUCACAGAAACAAGAAGCCACAAGUGUACGCGGACGAACCGCCAUAAGGACUUGUCAUGGGGACUUUGCGCUGAUUGGCUAGUUUACAUUGCAUAUGGUAUUUCUAGCAUUUGAUUGACUCAGACCAGCUAUCAUAUUUUUCUUAAAUUGGACAGUUUGCCUAUAUGUAAAGGAACGUCCUAUCUGAAACUAUCCAAGUUAAUCCUUAAUUGGACAGUUAAUUAUCGGAUUAACUUACAGCUAAUAUAUAGUUAAACAAGAAAACACAAAACCAUGUUCAUAGAGUAUUUUGAAUGUGCCGCGGGCAACCAGCGCUAGGAGAGUAACCAGGUGAAAAGAGAAAGAAAGACACAACAUCAUGCACAACCCGAAAAUCAAAUAAUAGCUAUAAUCGACAGAAAUAAAUCAAAUAUUUACUUAACUUAUAACAAGAACCAAUCCUAUUCCGUUGGACGCUUGACUGCAACGAACCAGACUAACCAGAAAAUCGAGAGGAAAACGAGGGCUCGAAGACGCGCGUAGACUUGACCUCCUUCAGAAAACUCGAAUCUCGGUCCCUACGACAAUUAGACGCCUGCUUACUACAACGUUCAGCACGCCUUUCGGAACGAAAAAUGCGCCUUUCGUCCUCAGAAUUGGAAACUAAUUCAUCCAACAAAUAUUCCUUCACAGUCAACCGGCCAAACUCGCUCCUAUCAGCUAAUUUGAUAACCUUAAUACGCUUCUCCAACAAGCUGACACCUUCUUUGAUGGCUUCCUUCGCUUUCUCGUACUUAGCGCACGCCAAAGAAUCCUUCGCCUCAGUAAGCUCGUCAAGCACAAGUUGUUGAUGCUCGAACUUAGCUUUGUUGUCCUUCGACUUAAGCACUGGCUCACUGUUCUUAAGCCGCUUGGCCUUAGCAGACAAAGACGCCUCUUGCUCCGCGGAUAAAUGCGCUUAAGAGCAGUAAAGCUGGACUCGAUAACAGACGAAGGAUUGCCCACAAAUCAGCACAUGUUGGCGGAAUGGCGACUUUGAUUGCCUUCUGAACUCCUGGGUCGACGCCAGAAACUGUUGAAAUCGAAGAAGUAGAACUGCCUUCCUGUCCCUCAGAUAUACCCAAAACCGUAAACUAACUCAGAAAACCCAAGAGACUACUGGAAACUAAACGGUUCCCAAAAUGCACGGAAUACAAAUAUAUGCUAAACUUUGUAUCGAAAAUAUUGUGCUAGACUAGUCAAUGCGGACUGUCUUAGUUUACUUUAAGGCUACAUUUUUUCAAAAGAAGAAACCUUUUUGCAAUACCUCUUCGGUCAGAGUUAACAUUUUUUGUCAUUAUUCGUCAGCCGGCGAAAUCUACAUACUAAUAUCGUACCAUACCCAAGAAUACAAGUGCAUAAAAUUGUCUGGUGUUAUCAAUGUCCAAAAGAUGCAAAAAAUGAGUAAAGAAUUUUGAUCAUUUCAGAAAUAGUAGAGUAACUCUGAGUGAUGCAGUGACCCGCACUUCACGCCCGCCAUGCGCUUGCCUUUUACCCACCCAAAAAAUACAAUGAUAACGCCUGUUCUACUUGCUAAUUUGAAAAGGAAGUAAUAAGAAAUAAACCUUUUGACAAACGUUAAGACGUAAGCGACCUUCUUCUCAGGAAUGAACGGUUCAUCUAAGAAUUUUGUCACAAGGCCUUACCAUUACCCUUUUGUCCAGAUUUUUGCCUUUCGGAGUAAACCAGCCAAGAAAACGGCAAUAAUCUGUGUAUGGAAGAUUUCAGAAAUUUUUCAGAGCUUUUUUUAAACCAAAGAAAGGAAUCAAACGCUGUCAAUAUGGGUAGAAAGUGCUCGUUCCCGAAAUUCGAGCCAUGUCCAUCCCUGGCCAUGAAAUCCAGAGUUUCUUCACUUCUUCACUUAGUUCCACACUUCUCAGAGCUGUUGAAGUGUGGAAAAAUCUGACAAAGUCAGGAUGAAGUCGCCCUCUUACACCCUAUCACAAAAUCCCUCAUCUUCCUUAAGUUAAAUCUACACUUCUCAGAGGUUUGGAAGUGUGAACACGUCUGACGAACUGGGUUUAAUGUCGCACUUUCCCCAAGUCAUUAACCCCUUCUAUUCUUUUAACUUAGCCCCACUUGUAUGCUACAUUAAGAAUAACAAGCGGUUCAUAACUAGGCGGAAAGCGUGACAUUACGGCAUAACUUUGUCAGGCUUAACCGCACUUCCAUUCUUGUAAGUAGUGAACAAUUAGUGGCUGGGGGAAAAAGAGCCACUUUAUCCUGACUUUUAAGGACUGGUUGUUUACCAUUUACAAAAAUUUUCCGGGAAACCCGGUUGGAAAGUAAAUAAAGCGCGACUUUUUGGGUCUUCCCAACGGAAAAUUUCCGGGAGAAACGGAACAUCUGAAAAGGUAGUCCUGUUUUUCCGGAUGGAAUAUUCCAAACGGAAAUUCGUGUUUCAUUUCUUCAAAGCCAUCUUUAAUACCAGUUUCAGACCUUCGCGGCCGUUUUCCGGUAAAUGGAACUGAUUUAUACAUAUGGUAAACGCGAUUCCGGGACGAAAUUUACCAGUCCUGAACUUUGCGAACCAUUGACCCAAACCGAGAACCGACCGGUUUGCCCAUGUAAAUGGUAAACAACCACUAUUUCACACUCCCACAGCUCUGAGCAGUUUGGAACUAAGUAAACAAUUACAAGGGGGUUCACCACUAAAGGAAAAGUGCAACCUUCUCCUUUAAGUUGGUCAGACUAUAUUCCACCGGACCUUCAGCGCUCUUAAAAGUGUAGAUCUAACUAAAGAAUUACAAGGAGUUCGUAAGAGGGGGAUAAUUGCAACUUUGUCCCGACUCUGUCAGACUUCUCCACAUUUCUGCAAACAUGAGAAGUGUGGAACUAAGUAAAGAAUAAGAAAGGGUUCGUAUCUACAAUAUCUUCAGUUUUUCAUACUUUUUCACACUUCCACUACUCUGAAAAACGUGGAACUAAGUAAAGAAUAACAAGGGGAUCUUGUGGCCAGCGCUGGACUUCUGUGGAGCCAAGAAAAGUGGCCUUACCAUUCUCCUUCUGUCCAGAUUUUUGCCUUUUUUGUAAACCACCCAGGAAAACGACAAAUAUCUGUGUAUGAAAGAUUUCAGAAAUUUUUCCGAGUUUUGUGAAACCAAAGCAAGGAAUCAAUCGCUGUCAAUAUGGGUAGAAAAAUGCUUGUUCCUGAAAAUUCGUCGAAAAUCCACAGUCGACAAAAUUUCCAGAAACACAUUUCAAAGGGAACUGAAGGUAAUUUCCUCGUUUUGCACCGCGCAUCACCUAGUGCGCAUAAUGUUGCAACUUCAAAAGGAGCGAUGAUUUUCACCUGUCGCCUAAAAAGAGGUACUAACUUUGCCCCCUUUUCUAAUGCUAAUUCUCUUCAUAGCAAUAUUGAUAAUUCUACCCGGCUAAAAAAGUGUUUGUCUUUAAACUUGCCCCAGUCUUCUCGCUCAAAAUGAUUAUUUAAAGUCGAAAUAGUCCUGUUGUUGUCGUUUUGCGAUGAAACGAGAACGGUGAGCCCCCUUUUUUAUUUGUGUUUUUUACCUUUUACGGCUACAAAAAAUACAUAUAUAUUCAGGAGAAAAAUCUGGGUAGUAGAAGUUGUAUUUUUUUAGAUAUGGAUGACGCGAAUUUCCGUAUUUAGAGGAGGGUCUCAAAGGGGUUAACCGAUAGGCGUAAAACGGCCAAAAAUUUAGUUGAUAGCCGUAAAAAUGGAAAAAUUUUAACCGUUAGCCGUAAAUAGGGUAAAAAAGAGUUAACCGUAAAAGAAAUUUUUCCCUAGAUUUGCUACUUUUAAGGAAGGUACUAAACUCACUUAUGGUUGCUUUUUUUAUUUCUCGGCUAGUGUGGCUCCGUACGCACGUUAGGUAAAACGCUUUUUAGGUGUCGGCCAAGACCCUGGUUCUAUUUCCCCCGCUGUCGGGGAACUAUUUUUUUUUCCAUAGCGAAAGUGUGGCUUCUUGCUGGGGAUUAAUAUUCGCGAUUUUCAGGAGGUCGUACCAUCGAAACAUUAUUGAACAACACGCAGAGAUCUCACUGUUUGUAAAACACGUUGCCGAUAAACAACAUUUCCCUGUGUUUCUCUAACGCUACGGUAGACAUUGCCAUGCCUAGUCCCUGUACGGCGUCUUCCCACGCAAUCUCGGUCAAGGCAUUUCGGUGGCGAACUCGCUCGGACCACGUGACCCGAAACGAAUUAGCCGCGCGAAAUAAUGAGGCCUACGGACAAGGCAACGGCUGACGGUUGUUCCGUACAGUCCUUCGCUAUCAUUAAAAACACUGGACACGGGAAUUUUGUUAUUGGCCGUUUUCAGACUAGAGCUAGAAACGGAUUAGCCGUCUGAGACUAGCCUGUUUACAGUCGCCCCCUUCCCGAUUUUUUUCUGAGGGGAGGGGGCGGCUGUACACAGGCUAUCUGGAACGGAUAAUCCCGUCUUCAAACUGUCCGUCGAAAUUGAAGGAUAAAGUCCGGCGGAUUUUUCAUUCAAAAUUAAAACUAUUCCAUUUUCAAAUUAAGACGUAUUACCUAUCUGACGCGAAUCAUCAAACGGAUAACCCGUCUCACACGAAUAAUCCGUCUCUAGUGUGAAACGGCCAUUUCUGUUGAAAUGAAUGUCGCGCCCAGGCCUUGAGUUGGGUGUUCGCGUGUGUGCUUUGCUUUUUCACAAAGAUUAUUUUUAAAUUGACUAUUGACAUUUCUAUGUGUAAAUUAAUAUUAGAAGUGGAAUACUUUUUAUAAAAAGUAUGAUCUAUCAAAUGUUAAAAUUUUUCAAAAGAAUAGCUUAUUUCAUCCCGAGAUGAUCUUAAGACCUUUAUUUUGCUUUACAGAAACAAAAAAUACAGGUUAAUUAAUAUUUAACUUUUUGAAACAAAAGAAGUUAAUUUUUAACUUUUUUGUUAACCGUAACUGAAAAAAAUUAGCCGAUAGCCGUAAAAGAGCCAAAAUUUUAGCCGAUAACCGUAAAUGCCACCACCCCAUUGAGACCAUCUUAGGGCCACAGAACUCUCUUGAUUUAUAUAUUCUCAUUUUGGAUAAUCUUUUGAUCGUUCGGCUGAGUCCGUGUCUGGUAAAGUAAGCUUUUGUUGGCGUUCUUUUUAUCUUGAUACUUGUUUAACUUUUGCUCCUGAUCGAAUUUAAUUACUGUUUAUUAUUAAUUUUUUUUUUAAUUAUUACUAUUAUUAUCCUCAUUAUACACAGCUUCUGGAUGGCUCGCUUGCUGGUGUCUUCCUUAAACAUCAAGUCACCGCCCGUGACCUUAGGUGUCCAAGACGUUGCGAAGGAUUCGGGCUGUACCCAGUAAGCACGCUCUUAGCAAUGAUUCCAAACGACAUGUGACACCAAUCUCUGCUAACCACUUUUCUAUAUCGUUCGAGACAGUUCCUAAUGCACCAAUUAUGAUUAGCACCACAGAUAACUCUGCUCAAUUUCCAGAUCCGUUUCAACUCCCGCUUCAGGUCUUGGUAGUUCUCAAUUUCUCUUUCCACCGCACUACAUUUGAUUGCUUGGACCAUUUUCCCACCAUUCAGUUAAGACUUUAAUAUUUUUUGUACACGAAGGAAUAUUCCGUCUCAAUUCUUCUUUUCAUCUCGGUGUGUUUGAUUUCGUCUUCUCCAAGUGUUUAUAAUCAUCGACAUCACCAUCGUUACAGGAGAGGAGAGAAGAGGUUGUCCGCUAUAGUAAGAAGUGAUUCCAUUUGCUUUAAUUGAAAUGGAUGGAUGAAAAUUGAUCGCUCUUUUUGAUAUACAAAUCCUGUCCAGUGACAUACAAAUCAUGUCAAAAAAAGACAGCCUGUAAACCACUAAGCUAAAACUUAUGUCAUGUUAGGCCCCUUUCAAACGUGGAAUUUCAUAUGAGUGCCGAACACCUAUUUUAGUAGAUGAAAGUAUAAAUCAGGCAGUUGACUCAGACGUCGGAUAUGAUGGUGCCGAAUUUAACUCAGUUUGUCGUAAAUAUUCCUAGUCUCUAGACUGAUGCCUUUUUAUAGUCCACCCAUACCAUUCUAAGGCCUGUUUUUCUCCUUGUUAUUAUUAUUAUCAUUAUUAUCAUUAUGUCCAUUCCUUCUAGACUCAGGCAGGAUGUUCAGUAACGGGUGUUAUUAUUAUUAUUAUUACAAGUGAUACCGGUAAAAGCAAAUUAUAGUUAUUUUACACUAUAUAAAGCUUCGAGUUUAAACCCUAACAUAAUUUGAUCAAAAAGGGUUAGCUUUUUCGUCUUUCUUCGGUGCCGCAUAUUUAUACCACGAAGUCACGGUUCGAGGUUGUUCGCUGUAGUAAGAAGCUAUUCCAUUUGCUUUUAUUGAAAUGGAUGGAUGAAAAUUGAUUGCUCUUUUUGAUACAAAAAUCAUGUCCAGUGACAUACAAAUCAUGUCAAAGAGAAAGUAAAAUUAAAUAUUUAACUGAUGGAAGCUAGACGUAAAGCUCACAAUAAACCCAUUAAUACUCUUUCAGGCUUGGUCCAUGCCGGGGAAGGUUUAAGAAAUUUAUGAACUAUCUAUCGCGCGGCUACCGACUGAACGGUUCUUUCUGGAUGUAAAACUCCCCAAUUUCUCUCUAUUCUUCUACCAAUUCAAACAUGAUACCCAAUCCUGAAGGUGAAGUCCGGGAGGGAAAAAUAUACCAAUUCUAUCAAAUAUUGGGUCGAAAAUAUUCUUUGGCUUAGGACAGCUGGGACACCUGGGAAAGCUGGGACACCUGGGACAUCUGGGACACUUAAGAUACCUGGGACAACUGGGACACAUGGGACACCUGGGACAGCUGGGACACCUAAGACGCAUGGGACCCAUGAGACAACUGGGACACUUGGGAAGGCUGGGUCACGUGGGACACCUGGGACACUUGAGACACCUGGGACACCUGGGACAUUCGGGGCAGCUGGGACACUUGGGACACCUGGGACAUCUGGGACACUUGGGAAGGCUGGGUCACGUGGGACACCUGGAACACUUGGGACACCUUGGACACCUAAGACACUUGGGACACAGGAGACACCUGGGACACUUGGGACUUCUGGGACACUUGGGACACCUGAGACAGCUCGGACACUUGGGAAGGCUGGGUCACAUGGCACGCCUGGGACACUUGGGACACAGGAGACACCUGGGACACUUGGGACACCUGGAUGCAGUUUGAACGGAAAGCUUUUUUCUCUGAGACAGCAAAAUUCAGUGAUAAUGAUAAUGGUGACAGAGAAUUCCAAUCACAGAUUUCAAUUAUCUCAGAAAAGUAUCAAAUCUAGGACGAAAUAGUUAUCUUUAAUUAACAUCAACGGGAAAGGAAAGGGGUAUUAUUAAUUUCUUUAAAAUAGCUAGUCAUUCUCCAUUUUAGGUCAAGACUGCUUAUCACUGUUUGAGUCAGGCCAUAAUCAAAGUGGGGUGUACUCUGUGAACCCGGAUGGUAAAGGAUCCUUCAAUGUAUAUUGUGACAUGCGCACUGAUGGUGGAGGAUGGACCGUGUUCCAGAGAAGACAAGAUGGCUCAGUGGACUUCUAUCGCGGUUGGAAAGAUUACAAAUCAGGCUUUGGUCAGCUGACAGCUGAGUUCUGGUUGGGAAACGACAAGAUCCACAGACUGACAGCCGCUAGACCAAGCUCUCUACGAGUGGACCUGGAAAAAUUGAAGAGAGUAAAAGUGCAUGCCAAAUAUGGGAAGUUCAAGAUUGGUAAUGAGCAGACGAAAUAUCGACUUGAAGUGGGUUCAAAAUCAGGGACGGCGGUAGAUUCGUUAGCAUAUCAUAAUAACAUGGCGUUUAGCACCAAAGACAGAGAUAAUGACGCAGGGAGUAGUAACUGUGCUGUUACAUACACUGGUGCCUGGUGGUACAACUACUGCCACGAAACCAAUCUAAACGGCAAAUACGGAUUCCAGUCAUGGUUAUACUUAAGUUCUCUAAAAUUCUCUGAGAUGAAGUUGAAGCCGUCAUCAUAA